CAGCCUCGGUAUCUCUCUCCAUCAGACAACGGGAGUCGCCGGCGCCGAGAACACGUUCCGUAUUUUUUUUCCUCGCCAAACGUUCGCAACCGUUCGUCGAAAACGCUGCCCUCCGGAGCGUCGUGUCAGCGGAACGACAUGGGGGACCGAGUGGCUUUACUGCUGCUGGCCGCGGUGGCUUCGGCUCUGGCCGUAGAGGUGCCUACAGAUGUUUCUAUGGGUCUGUUGGCAGAGCCCCAGGUGGCCAUGUUUUGCGGUAAGCUCAACAUGCACAUCAACGUGCAGAGUGGCAAGUGGGAUCCGGACCCCUCGGGCACCAAGAGCUGCAUCGGCACCAAGGAGGGCAUCCUGCAGUACUGCCAGGAGGUAUACCCAGAGCUCCAGAUUACCAAUGUGGUGGAGGCCAACCAGCCAGUCAGCAUCCAGAACUGGUGCAAGAAGGGGCGCAAGCAGUGUCGCAGCCACAUGCACAUUGUCGUGCCCUACCGCUGCCUGGUGGGAGAAUUUGUGAGCGACGCUCUGCUUGUUCCUGACAAGUGCAAGUUCCUGCACCAGGAGCGCAUGGACCAGUGCGAGAGCCACCUGCACUGGCAUACUGUAGCCAAAGAGUCCUGCGGAGACCGCACCAUGAAUCUCCACGACUAUGGGAUGCUGCUGCCAUGCGGCAUCGACCGUUUCCGAGGAGUGGAGUUUGUGUGCUGUCCCGCUGAGGCGGAGCGUGAUGCCGAUAGCACUGAGCAGGAUGCUGAUGAUUCUGAUGUCUGGUGGGGUGGAGCGGAGACUGACUAUUCUGACAACAGUAUGGUGCGGGAGCCGGAGCCAGCAGAGCAGCAAGAGGAAACCAAGCCAUCUGUGGUAGAGGAGGACGAGGAGGAGGAGGUGGCCGAGGAAGAUGACGAAGAAGAGGAGGAGGAAGAGGACGUGCUGGACAAUGAUCAGGAUGGAGAUGGAGAGGAGGAUGAAGAGGUGGUGGAGGAAGAGGAGGAGGAGGAGGACGAGGGAGACGACAUCAUCGAUACGCUCGAUGACAAUGAUGACGCCGACGAGCCAACAACCAAUGUUGCCAUGACGACAACCACCACCACUACCACCGAGUCUGUGGAAGAAGUUGUCAGAGAUGUGUGCUGGGCCAAUGCAGAGACUGGUCCAUGCAGGGCCAUGCUGCCCCGCUGGUACUUUGACCGACAGGAUGGCAGCUGUGCUCAGUUUAUCUACGGUGGCUGCGGAGGCAACAGGAAUAACUUUGAGUCAGAGGAGUACUGCCUGUCUGUCUGCAGCAGCGUCAUACCCACAGCCACCCCCAGCUCCCCCGAUGCAGUGGACCACUACCUGGAGACACCUGCCGACGAAAACGAACAUGCCCACUUCCAGAAAGCCAAAGAGAGUCUGGAGGCUAAGCACCGCGAGAGAAUGUCCCAGGUGAUGAGGGAGUGGGAAGAGGCUGAGAGGGAAGCCAAGAAUCUUCCACGUGCUGACAAGAAGGUUGUCAUCCAGCGUUUCCAGGAGAAGGUGGAAGCGCUGGAGCAGGAAGCAGCCAGUGAGCGCCAGCAGCUGGUGGAAACCCACAUGGCCCGGGUGGAGGCUCUGCUCAACGACCGCCGCCGCCUGGCUUUGGAGAGCUACCUGACUGCACUGCAACAGGACCCACCCAGGCCUCGUCAUGUCUUCAGCUUGUUGAAGAAGUACGUGCGUGCCGAGCAGAAGGACAGGCAACACACCCUGAAACACUUUGAACACGUACGCAUGGUGGAUCCUAAGAAGGCAGCCCAGAUCAGACCUCAGGUGCUGACCCACCUGCGUGUUAUUGAGGAGCGUAUGAACCAGUCUUUGGGACUUCUCUACAAAGUGCCUGGUGUGGCUGAUGAUAUCCAGGACCAAGUUGAGCUCCUGCAGAGGGAGCAGGCGGAGAUGGCCCAGCAGCUGGCCAACCUGCAGACAGACGUGAGGGUGAGCUACGGAAACGAUGCCCUGAUGCCCGACCAGGAGCUGGGAGACGGCCAGACCGACCUGUUGCCUCAGGAGGACACGCUGGCCCUGGGGGGAAUUGGCUUCAUCCACCCUGAGAGCUUCAACCAGGCCAACACUGACAACCAGAUCGAACCAGUGGACUCUCGCCCCAGUCUUGACAGAGGCAUUCCCACACGACCAGAAGGUGAAGCUAUUCCUGAGCUGCGGAUGGAGACGGAGGACAGACAGAGCACCGAAUAUGAAGUUCACCACCAGAAGCUGGUCUUCUUCGCAGAGGAUGUCGGCUCCAACAAGGGCGCCAUCAUCGGCCUGAUGGUUGGAGGCGUCGUCAUAGCAACCGUGAUCGUCAUCACCUUGGUGAUGCUGAGGAAGAAGCAGUACACCUCCAUCCACCACGGAGUGAUCGAGGUGGAUGCUGCUGUCACCCCUGAGGAGCGCCACCUGUCCAAGAUGCAGCAGAACGGUUACGAGAACCCAACCUACAAGUUCUUUGAGCAGAUGCAGAACUGAGGAGAAUGUCACACGUACACAAACAUACACACACACACACAUACACACAACAAAAACAUCUCCAUCACGCACCUUCCCUCCCCCCAUCCUCCCCCUUGACUGGUCCCAUGUCUCCAAAAGGCAGUGUGGCUUAGAUCACUGAGUGACUGAAAUAGUCAGUUACGAGCAUACAGAGCGACUGUAGCCGGGGUUUCUUUCAUUUCUGCCUGGGCGUACGCUGCGGCCGAGCCAGUUUGCACCAAGUUUGUUCACUUUAUUGGAGCCAGACGCCUUUUAAUUAAAGAAAGGAGUUUUUAUAUGUUGCUCCGUCUGGGCCUGCUGAUGUAUGGGGGGGUGAGAAGGCCCCGCCCAGGGCAUCGAAACAAACCCGCUCUCUGGGGAAAGAAGCACGUCCUCUCCACACUGAUUCAGGGCCAGUGUAUAGUUGGGGUUUUUUUUGUUUUUGUUUUUUUUUUUGGUUUGGGACAUUUUAGAUUGUGUAGGCAAAUCUGACCUCUGAUCAGUCGGGUUACAGGUGCGUGCUGACCUGGUCCUCAUUUAUAAAACCUAGUUGCAUGCAGAAUCAUUUCAAAUCAACACGCAGACGUUCAUUUGUUUGGAUCUUUGUAAUGAUUAUAGAAUGAGAUAUGUGCUUAAGUCAAGCAACAUGAUUUAUUAUAAAUGAGGCCCAGUGUUUCCCCAUCUACUGCUACACUACUGCACUCUCUCUACAGUCUACACUGGAGUAUAAGUGAGCCUCCUCCUCCCCCUCCAUCCCUCCCUCCCUCCAUCCUCUUUUCUUUGCGCAUUCUUACGACAGCUGGGCUGUGUUUAGUCACACAAGGCUCUUAAAGAUAACUGGAGAUGCUGAAUGAUGAAUAUGUUGACGACGACGGUAGUAAUUAUGUAUUCUGAAUGAGCUGUUUUUAUUUUAGAGUUUUUCUCUUAUCGUUUCCAGUUUUGUUUUUCAAAAAAAGAAUGAAAACAGAGCCAAAAAAAAGAGUCAACCGAUGUAAAGUCCUUUUUUUAAAUUACGCGUAAUGUUACUGAAGUAAUGCUGAAGUCUUAGCUGUUCCUAUGUAGUGCAUGACAACAAUGACAACGGGAUUCGGAAAAACAACGGAAAAAAAAAAGAAACCAAGAUCUUGACGCUGCUCUCUUGAGAUCCUUUCUCACAUAUAGAUUGUCAUUCUAGCAAGAUUGUACAUUUAGUAUCUUCUCGUGAUCACGUGACUUCAAACAAUGAUGAAAAAUAUAUAUAAAUCUAGAUCAACGAGCUCUGCUUUGAUAUCAUGUAAAAAUACACAUUUAAAAGAGAUCUGUGAUUUUUGGAAUUUAAGUGUUUUUAUUUUCAACCUGUUACUUUCCUGAAGCUACAGGAGGGGCGCCGGCUUCAUCUUCGUUUGUAUAUUAUUCUCAUCCACUGAAAUAUAUUGUGUUGAAAAUCCUCAUGUGUAGGGGCUCUCAGAAAUCACUCCCAUUAAUUAUUUUUUUUUUUUUUUUUUGCUUUCAAUCUAUGUUGCUGUGUUCUUUGAAAGGGGCUUGCUGUGAGGAGUGAAGGCCAGGAAGGAAGACGUGAGGGAAUGGGGAAUGGGUUGGGAUUAUCUGCGUGUACGUGUUUGUGUCGGUCUGGUGUUUCGUCCAAUUGUAAGCCAACGCCGUCUAUUUUUUGGGGAGGGGGUUUGUAGUCAUUUUUGCUUUUCUGCGGAUAGACAGGUGGAGUGCCAAGUGGAGGAGGGGGAGGAAGGAGGGGAGAGGUAGAGAGGAAAUGACUUGCAGUUCCGGAUGGAUAGCCAGCCAGCCAGGCAGGCAGUCUGUGUAUAUAUAAUGGAUUUUCACUUCCCUCUGUACCUCCCUUCCCCUCCCUCCUUCGCCUCCCUUUCUCUUCAGGCGUGCCACUCGCCUCCCUGCCAUCCACUGCACACUUUGACUCCUCGUACAGUCGAUAGGUGUUCACCAUCAAGUCGAGGGAUCAGAUGUGAGUUGAGAAUCCCCCCCAUUCAUCCUCAUCCAGUCAGCUCAUGUUUAAGGUCUGUCACCACGAGAUGCAGCGUGACCUCUCUCACUCUGUUGACACGUCUAGCGGUGAGGAAAUGGCGAGUGAAAUGUACAUACGGAGGCUGCAGUGGUAUUUCAGAGGGUGCUUAUUAGAAGCCCAACAGAGGGCAGUAGAGUAGAAGAGGAAGCCGGAUUUUCUUUCUUAUCUUAUUUCUGUGGGUUAUAUAUUGGUUUUGUUUUCCACUGUGUAAUAUUGUGCAGGCCAUUUGCAUUGACUGGGAAAACGCUUUCUACACUGUAUUCCAUAAUAAAGUUUUGAAUGUACAUACAAA